AGACCUUCCAAUUAAACUAAAAUAGAAAGAAAGAAAUAGAUAAUUAAUUACGUUUUCAGGAUUUUUAAAAGUAUUAGUUGGACAUUUAUUAACGCAGACAGACAGACUCCUUUAUAUAAAGCAAUAACGAUAGUUUUAAGUUUAAGAGUAAUUCCUACUCUAAAUCCAUCUAUACGCAUGCGAUUAUCUCUUUUAAAUUUGAUUAAUGUUUUGAUUAAUUAAUUAUGAAUUUACAUUUUAUUCAAAGUAUUCCAUAUAGAUGAAUUACUAAUAUGAAAAUUCAAGAUAAAAGGUAAGCAAUUGUUUCUGAAUAAUCAGAGUUACAUUCGAUUUUAUGGUAUCUCUAAUAUAAGGUUUAUCUUAGUGAAGAACCUUUUUACUAAUAUUAGAUCUAGAGCAAUGUGGAUUAUGAACAGAUUUUAAUGAUUUUAUGCAACCUUGCACUAAGAAAUCACAGAUUUUCUUAAAAUCAAUCAAUAUCUCCAAGAAAUUCUACAAAACUCUCUAUAGAUCUAUAGAGAUGCUCUAACUAAAAAAGUUCAUGCCUUAUUUUUACUCUAAAAUUUACUAAAUUUCUAUUUAAACUAGAAUUUAAUCAAACGUCUUUUAGUAUGGCAGCUAUAAAUUCAGAGAUGAUUGACUAUAUUUCUUUAAAUUUUAUUUACUGUUGUUUUGUGUAUACUCAUUUUUAAUUAAAUCCAAUAAGAGCUCAUAUAAAUCCAUCUAAAUUAUAUUAAUAAAAUAUUUUUUGUAAAUUAUCUGAAAACUCUUUCUUUGUUUCAUUUCAAUAAAAUUAUUUUUGCUUUAAAAUAAUAAAAAAUAUCUAUUCCUUUCUAUUAAUUAUCAUUCAAUUAAAAUUAUUGCUAAAUGCAUAAACACAGCUAAAUUUAAGCUAAUUUCUACCUUUACUUCGAAAGUAGAAUGAAAUUAUGUUAUUAAUAUUUUAUAUAAAUAAGUCAAAUUCAAACAAAAAUUACUUAAACUGCUAUUUAAAACUAGAGAAGUCAGUGCUAAAUGUCAUCACUAUUAAGCCUAAAUUUAAGCUAAUUUCUACUUUUACUUUGAGAGUAGAAAGAAAGUAUAUGCAUGUAUAUUAUUAAUAUUCUAUAUAAAUAAGUCAAAUUCAAACAAUAAUUACUUAAACUGCUAUUUAAAACUCGAGAAAUCAGUGCUAAAUGUGAUUAUUAUUAAGUGUAAAUUUGAAUUGUUUAUCCCUUUUCCAUUACAUAAGAUUGAAUUUUAGGUGAAUAAUAAGUAGUUUAUUUAAAUAUUAUAAGAAAAUUUAGAUGAAUUAACCUUUGAUUAAUUCGCAUAUUAAUAAAUAUGUGUGAGUAUUUCAACUCUUUCAGGUGGGAGGUCCUAACUUUGAGGGUGAGAAUUAUUUGAAAAAAAAUUUUCAUUUUAAUUCUAUUAUAAAAUUAUUUAAAAAGAAUAUUUUUAUUUAAAAACCUAGCCUAAUUAAUUCAUAUCUAGCUAGCUAGAGGUUUGUUGCCAUAUCUCUAGAUUUUAAUUAGGUAUUUA